CCAGCCACGCUGGGCACCGCGUCUCCGCGCCAUUAAAGGCUCUACGUGGCUCUGUCACCUGUUCUGUGGCGGUGUGACCUGCAGGGACCGCGGGAGUUGUAGGAAGGACUCGGGGGUCCCGGGAGCCCUAGAAAUGGACUCAGUAGCCAUUGAGGAUGUGACUGUGAACUUCACCGUGGAGGAGUGGGCCUUACUGGAUCCUUCACAGAAGAAACUCUACAGAGAUGUGAUGUUGGAAACCUUUAGGAACCUGGCCUCAAUAGGAAAAACAUGGGAAGAUUAUGAUACUGAAGAUCAGUGCAAAAACCAGGGGAGAAAACUAAGAAGUCAUAUGGAAUUGAGACUCUGUGCAAGUGAAGAGGGUAGUCAAUGUGGAGAAAAUUUCAGCCUCAUUCCAAAUCUCAAGCUGAACAAGAAAACUACAGGAGCAAAACCAUGUGAGUGCAGUGCAUGUGGAAAAGUCUUCAUGCAUCAUUCAUCCCUUAAUAGGCACAUAAGGUGUCACAAUGAACACAAACCAUAUGACUAUCAAAAAUAUGGAGAAAAGCCAUAUAAAUGUAAGGAAUGUGGGAAAGCCUUCACUUUUCCCAGUGUUCUUCGAAUACAUGAAAGAACUCAUACUGGAGAGAAACCCUAUGAAUGUAAAAAAUGCAGUAAAGCAUUCACUUCUUCCAGGUCUCUUCGAAUACAUGAAAGAACUCACACUGGAGAGAAACCCUAUGAAUGUAAAAAAUGCAGUAAAGCAUUCACCUUUUCCAGUUCUCUUCGAGUACAUGAAAGAAUUCAUACUGGAGAGAAACCCUAUGAAUGUAAGGAAUGUGGGAAAGCCUUUACAGCUCCCUCAAGCCUUCGAUCACACAUGAUUUUUCACACUGGUGAUGGACCUUAUAAAUGUAAGGAAUGUGAGAAAGUAUUCAUUUCUCCCAGUGCAUUUCAAAUUCAUGAAAGAAGUCACACUGGAGAGAAACCCUAUGAAUGUAAAAAUUGUGGCAAAUCAUUCAGUCAUCCGAGUACUCUUCGAAUGCAUGAAAGACGUCACACUGGAAAGAGACCCUAUAAAUGUAAGGAAUGUGGGAAAGCCUUUAUUGCUCUCACAAACCUUCGAGUACACAUGAUCACUCACACUGGAGUUGGACCUUACAAAUGUAAGGAAUGUGGGAAAGUUUUCAUUCAUCCCAGUUCAUUUCAAAUACAUGAAAGGAGUCACACUGGUGAGAAACCCUAUGAAUGUAAAGAAUGUGGGAAAGCCUUUAGUCUGUACACUAACUUAAAAAAACACAAAAGAACUCACACAGGAGGGACACCCUUUAUAUGUAAGGAAUGUGGUAAUGCUUUUAUUUCACUUCGUGUUUUACAAAUACAUGAAAGAAAUCACACUAGAGAGAAAUUCUAUGAAUGUAAAAAAUGCAAUAAAGCACUCACUUCUUCUAGUUCUCUUCGAAGACAUGAAAGAAAUCACACUAGAGAGAAACCCUAUGAAUGUAAAAAAUGCAGUAAAGCAUUCUGUUAUCCCAGUUCUCUCCAGGUACAUGAAAGAAUUCAUACAGGAGAGAAACCCUAUGAAUGUAAGGAAUGUGGGAAAGCCUUUAUAACCCCCUCAAGCCUUCGAUCACACAUGAUCUUUCACACUGGAGAUGGACCUUAUAAAUGUAAAGAAUGUCAGAAAGCAUUUAUUUCUCCCAGUGCAUUUCGAGUACAUGAAAGAAGUCACACUGGAGAGAAACCCUAUGAAUGUAAAGAAUGCAAUAAAGCAUUCAGUUGUACCAGUUCUCUUCGAGUACAUAAAAGAAUUCAUACAGGAGAGAAACCCUAUAAAUGUAAAGAAUGCAGUAAAGCCUUUACUUCUUCCAGUUCUCUUCGAGUACAUGAAAGAAUUCACACAGGAGAGAAACCCUAUGAAUGUAAAGAAUGUGGGAAAGCCUUUAUAGAUCCCUCAAGCCUGCGAUCACACAAGAUGAUUCACAGAGAAGAUAGACCUUAUAAAUGUAAGGAAUGUGAGAAAGCAUUCAUUUAUCCCAGAUUACUUCAAAGACAUGAAAGAAGUCACACUGGGGAGAAACCCUAUAAAUGUAAAGAAUGUGGGAAAGCCUUCAGCUCUCAUCAAAGUUUCCAAAUACAUAAAGGAAAUCAUAGUGGAGAGAAAAAAUAUGAAUGUGAAAAAUGUAGUAAAGCAUUUAGUUUUCCCAGUUCUCUUCGAAGACAUGAAAGAACUCAUACUGCAGAGAAACCCUAUGCAUGUCAGGAAAGUGGGAAAACUUACUUCUCAUGAAAACUUUUAGGGAUAAUCAAGAAGACACACUAGAGGGAAAACCACAUAAAUGUGUUGAAUGUGAGCGAGACUUUCGUCAUCUGAGUUCUUUCUGAAGGCAUGAAAGGAAUCACUUGAUAAAAACCUCUUGAAUGCAAACAAUGUCAGAAAGACUUCAAAUGGCCUGCAUCAUUAAAUGUGAAACUCCUACCAAAAAGAAACAUAAGUGUAAGUCAUAUGAGAAAGCUUGAUGGAAUUUUACUUGUGUAUGAUGUUCUAGAAAACAUUCAACGUGAAAGAGUAGUUUUAAAAGUUGUAAAUAUAUUGUGUUUACCAAGCCUCUCUCUUAAAGUGCAACAUUGGAUUGUGGAUUUCCAUUAAUCGCUUUCAGAAAUGAAUACUGAGGUGAGAUAAUUCUUCAUGUCAUCAUGCAUCAAUAGUACAUAAGAUUGUACUAUAAGUACAUAAGUACAUGUACUUAGUGUUUUUUACUUAAAUCAAUUAAUUAUAUUUUCUCUUUAAUUUUUUAUAAUGUUUUAAUUGUUCUGUGUUAAGGGGCCAUUGAAAAAUGACAGUUUGUGAUGGUUGGGAUGUUACUACAGGCCUUGUACUGCAGUUCCUGGAUAUGCCUAAUAUGAUGUAUAUAUUCUUUUCUUAGAGAAAACUCCUUUUUCAGGUGGUGGGUAUAGGAGCCUAUUUUUAUUUUCCAUACUAUUAAACAGUUGGAAUAAAUUUUUAUGUGUGGCAAGUUUAUCAAAGAGUAUAGUUUCAUGUGAAUUCUUGUUUUCAUAUUUGGACGUUUGCUCUUUGUCCUUCCUUCUGAUUGGUAUUUGAUGAAUAGACUUUGAAUUACAUAGAAACCUAUGAUAGGACAAUAAAAUCUAGAGCUGGACAUAUCAGCCCUGUAUUAUCUUAUGUGAGUGAGGGUAAUAAUAAGAAUUAGAACUUUAAGAAUCCACCACCUUUUUGGGUGUAUUUUCCACUGAUGUUUUCACAUUUCACAUCAAAGAUACAUUAGAGUUAGGACUUUUUCUUAAGGCCUCUUCUGUCCACCAGGAAAUAAUUCAAACUUUCAUGCUUGGGAAUAUUCUCUGACUCUCCUCUUCUCUAGAUGAUAUCUGUAUAAGGUCUAAUUUGUGUAGGAAACACUUAUGCUGUUAAUAGUGCUAGUGAGGCUGUUUUCCUGAUUCACCGUGGCAUCUACAAUGGGGCAUAAAAAAGUCUCGGGAGUUCAUUUCUCUGCUGCAUUGUGCAGUGGCUGCCUUGACCCAGUUCUUCCAUGUGAGAACAGUCACAUUUCUCAUGUCACAAAGACUAUGUGUGUUUCCCAUUAGUUGUAGCUGAAUGUAUUCCCUCAAUAUGUUUUCAGUAAUGUUUGAUGGUAUGUCAUUAAAACUAUGUGCAUUUCUCAGUGAAAUGAACAUUUCUGUAGUUGUUACAUUGAUAUAUUUUAUCAACUGUUUUCUAAG